AUGAGGGUACCGGUGCCCACGUGUGUGCACACAGGGACCUUGUGGGCCUGGAGGCAUGGACACACCAAGGAAGAACAUGUGGUGGGAGGCAAGAGGCAGACCAUCCCCGACGGGCACAACGGCUUCUCCGGGGUGGAAACCAGGGAAGAAUGGAAAGUUGCGUCUGAACCCAGAUAUACCAGUUGGGAGGAUCUUGAGGAACCCCCGGAAUGCGGCUGCUUCGAAUGGUGGAGCUGUUGGUGCGACCGUCAAACCCAACGCCUCAGGGAGUUUUUCAGGAGGUGCCGGAGGUCUUUACAGAGCUCCACAUGGGAGAUACGGAGCGCCGCGCGGGAAUAUGAGUGCCGGUGGAAGAGGAAAGAGAAAAUCCGCCACACCCCAGGGUCCAGCACAUCCUCCGAAGACCUGCAAGGGUUGAAGGCUGAAAGGGCCUCAGCCCUGAGAAAGAAUCGGAUCUUCCCGACCACCCCCAGCCGGAGGGAGCUGCUGGAGCAGCAGGUAGAAGAACUGGUGCCCGCCUUGCUGUGCUUGGACGACCUUUCCAUUGUUCAAUUUAUGGAAACAUAUCCUGAAUUUGGCACCACCGAAGAGAUCCUGGACCUGCUGUUUGCAAAGUAUCGAUGCAUCCAAGCGUCCCCCGAGAAAGGAGAAAUCCAGAUGCUCUGGGAAAGCACCAUGACCUCCUUCCUGACCAUCUGGCUGACCUACUACGAGGAGGACUUCGACGAUCCCCCAGAAUUUCCUGCCCUGACAAAGCUGAUGAAUUUCACGGGGCAGUACUUGCCAGACUCAACGCUGGACCGUCGAGUCAACAGUUACUCUGAAUAUUUAAGAAACCUCCAUCAAGCGGAGUUUCAGGGUGGAGAUGAUACUGUGUCUUCGGACCGCGAGCAACACCGUGAACCACCCCAAGAGCGCGCCCGAGCUUCGACGGAGGGGCCUGCUCCACCUUCAGGGUCUCAGGGGAUGGAGCUGGUCCUGGCCGAUGCAGCUGAGGGAUCGGCCCAAGCCCUGAUGCCAGCUGCCGUUUACAAGGUAAGACACGUGAUGGUCAGACCUCUCCAUCCCUGUGCUGACCCGGAAGAACCACCUGCACCCUUGGGAGCGCUGGAGGCCGAACGGGCCCCACCACCGGCUAUCGAGGUCAUCAAUGGGCCGGAGCAGCCGCCUCACUCAGGGGAGCAACCGGCUUCGGACCCCGAGCAACACCCGGAACCACCGCGGCAAGAGCCCGCCCGAGGCCGACUGUGGGGCCUGCUGCACCUUCAGGGUCUCAGGGGAUGGAGCUGGUCCCGGCUGCUGAAGCUGAGGGUUCGGCCCGAGCCCUGAUGCCAGCUGCCGCUUACAAGGUAAGACACGUGAUGGUCAGACCUCUCCAUCCCUGUCCUGACCCGGAAGAACCACCUGCACCCUUGGGAGCGCUGGAGGCCGAACGGGCCCCACCACCGGUUAUCGAGGUCAUCGAUGGGCCGGAGCAGCCGCCUCACUCAGGGGAGCAAACGGCUUCGGACCCCGAGCAACACCCGGAACCACCGCGGCAAGAGCCUGCCCGAGGCCGACUGUGGGGCCUGCUGAAGCUCCUGGGCCUGAGGUGAUCGAGCCGGUCCCGGCUGCUGGUGCUGAGAGCUAGGCCUGGGACGAGAUGACGGCUGCUGAGGUCAAGCCAAGGUACCUGGUGGUCAUACCUCAGAUUCACUGGCCCGACCUGGAGGAGCCACCUGCUUCUUGGCCACCCCAGAAGGAGGAGCAGGUCCCGGCGCUGGCUCUCGAGUUCAUCGAAGGGCCAGAGCUGCCACCUGCCUCAGUGGGGCCACAUGGCUCGGCCCCCGAGCAGCAGUUCGUGAUGGCUGCAGCACAAUUGAAGCCUCCCCUCCCCUUUCGUUGUGCUGUUUCUGUAUUUUGUGUUUUUCAUAAUUUCUUCAUGAAUUUUAUUUGUAAUAAAGGAUAAGUUAACUUUAUGCAAAA